CCUCCCAGCCCCCGGGCCCGGCCCGAUGGAGCUGCACAUUCUGGAGCACCGGGUCCGGGUGCUGAGCAUCGCGCGCCCGGGACUCUGGCUCUAUACGCACCCGCUUGUCAAGCUGCUCUUCCUGCGGCAGCGGAGCCGGUGCAAGUUUUUCAGCCUGACAGAAACCCCAGAAGAUUACACUCUGAUGUUGGAUGAAGAAGGAUACAAAGAGCUGCCCCCGUCAGAGUUCUUGCAGGUGGCUGAGGCCACGUGGCUGGUGCUCAACGUCCUAUCCAACAGCAGCUCGGCCACCAAUUUCCAGGCUGUCGGCGUCACCAAGAUUGCCCGGUCGGUCAUAGCUCCCCUGGCUGAGCACCACGUCUCAGUGCUCAUGUUGUCCACGUACCAGACAGACUUCAUCCUGGUUCGGGAGCAGGACCUACCUGUCGUGAUCCACACUCUGGCCCAGGAAUUUGCCAUCUACCGGGAGGUCGAUGGAGAGCCUGUGCCCGUGGCCUGUGAUGAUGCCAGCAACGGCUUCCACAAAGCCAAACUGGGCCCCAGCCCCACUGUGCACCCCAUCCAGAGUCCCCAGAACAGAUUCUGCAUCCUCACGCUGGACCCUGACACCCUCCCUGCCAUUGCUACCACGCUCAUGGACGUCCUCUUCUACUCCCACAGUGCUUCAAAGGAGGGGGCUUCUGAUGACCCGGACCUUGACUCCAUCCCCUUCUUUGCCUUCUCCCUGAUCGAGGGCUACAUCUCUAUUGUCAUGGACGCAGAGACACAGAAGAAGUUCCCCAGUGACCUGUUGCUUACUAGCUCCUGCGGAGAGCUCUGGAGAAUGGUUCGAAUCGGGGGCCAGCCCCUGGGCUUCGAUGAGUGUGGGAUCGUGGCCCAGAUCGCGGGGCCCCUGGCCGCUGCCGACAUCUCCGCCUACUACAUCAGUACCUUCAACUUUGACCACGCCCUGGUGAGUGUCUUCCUUUUCCCAGGCUACCCCUUCCUAAAAGCCAGGACCAGUUCGGGGCAUGCAUGUCACAGGUGAAGCUAGAAGGGAUCUAAGAGACCGUCUCGUCCAACCCUCUUGUUUUGGAGCGGUGGAGAUGGGCCCAGAGAAAUGAAGAGAUUUGCUCAUGUCACCCAGCCUGGCAGCGCCCCCAGGAUUCGCUCUUAGGCACUUCCCUCUAGAAGGUGGCUGGUCUCAGGAAGCCCGGCUCUCCCCGGUUCCCUGCCCCUUUAAGCGGGGCCUGUGGUGCUCUCCCUUCUUCCCCCUGUGCCCACAGGUACCCGAGGAUGGCAUCGACAGUGUCAUUGAGGUCCUUCAGAAUCGCCAGGAGAGCUGCCGGUAGUGGCUGGAUCAGGAACCUAUGUCCCUGUGGCUCAGGCUGGCAGACACUCCCCCGCCAUUGUCCUCUUCUUUGGCGGGGUUCUGGCGUCUCCAAAGGCUAAACCAAAGCUUUGCCCCGUGGCAAUGGGGACUGCUCUGGUGCCCCUCUGUUAGGUGUGCGUGAGGGGGACAUCCCCUGGGACCACCUUUCACUCUAAUUUUUAAGUAGUUGGUUUUUUUGGUCCUGUUGCGCAAGCAGGCGCCUAGGGCUAGGGGACUGGACACCCCAGGGGCUGGGGGUGGGAGGGGAGAUGAUCUCAAGCUUUCCCUCCUGUCCUUUGGAACCUGGGUCAUUUUCUUGGCCUCCUCUUGGAGCUGGCCCUGCUCUAAGGCCCGGCCCCCAGUGGGUGGGGGUUAGGGAGGGCCCUCAUCCUGGGCCAAAGCUGGCUCCCUUCAGUUCUUGCUCCCCAUGUCCUCUCCUGGAGGUCAGGAAAGCUAAGAGGCCUGGCCUCUAAUGCACAAAACACUCAUGUGUGCCUUAUCCGUGAAGCUGUGUGGGCACACUGUGUGCCCACAAAGUGGAAUCGUGGUGCUGUGGAAGGCUUCACUUAGGAAGCCUCAAGCCUUGACACUCCCCUACCCCAGCCCUUGGUAAACAUCUUUGCACAUGCUCCCUCCAUGUGGGGCUGGGGGCUCCCUGGGAAGGAGAUCCCCCUCUCUGUCCUUCUCCCCUUUCUGCACCCCUGUCUCCUGCCCCUCUCCAUGGUCCUGGGAGGAAGCUCCCUCUGCAGAGGGCUGGUCCCCACACCCAUCCUCUCCUAGGGGAGAGCCCAUGAUCUCUGUCCCAUCUUUGGGGAGGAGCCUCCUGUUUUUAAGAAAUCUCCAAUAAAGCACUUUGCAAUCCCUGGAGUGUGUCUAA